UACAUCAGUUGAGAUAAAUAUCGAGUAGUAUAAAACCGUGAUCAAGAGGUCACAACAAUUACUACCAGUCCGAAUAAUGAAGAUUCACAAAGUCAGAGAUUAGAGUGUUAUUAAAUCAGCAUGAUGUGGUGGAUACUGGCGGCUGUAGCAGCUGUUUUGGGCUACUGGUUACUCACCCGCCCCCAUAAGUAUUGGAUAAAAAAAGGGGUGAAACAAGGAAAUCCUGCAUUUAUUUUUGGGGAAAGUUGGGCACAGACGAUGCAAAAACAGUCAUUUCCGGAAAUGGUUGAGAUGGUUUACAACAUGUGUCCAAACACCAGGUACUCAGGAUUCUAUCAAUUCUUCCUUCCAACUCUAGUUUUGAAAGAUCCCGACCUAAUUAAACAGAUUACCGUCAAAGACUUCGACCACUUCGUCGACCAUCAACCUUUUAUUCCAGAAGAUAGUGACCCUCUAUGGAGUAACAAUUUAUUCGCCUUAAAUGGGAAAAGGUGGCGCGAAAUGCGAGCAACACUCAGUCCAGCUUUCACCAGUAGCAAAAUGAAAUACAUGUUUUCUUUAAUCUCACAAAGCGGCGAACAAUUCGUGAACUACUUUUUGAAACAGAACGAAGAUCUCAUUACUGUUGAAAUGAAAGACACCUUCACAAGAUUCACUAAUGAUGUCAUCGCCAAUACCGCUUUUGGUGUAGAAUGUGAUUCUUUGGUUGACCGGAAAAACGAGUUUUUCUUAAUGGGGAAAGAAGCCACAGACUUUAGCAAUUUCUGGAAAAACUUAAAAUUCAUUCUAUACUUUUUAGCACCCAAAUUGUCUGAUUUGUUCAAAGUGAGGUUCUUUUCAGAAGAAGUCAACAAGUUCUUCACCAGCUUAGUUAAAACUAAUAUUGAAAGUCGUGAAAAGCACGGAAUUGUAAGACCUGACAUGAUCCAUCUUCUCCUCGAAGCUCGAAAAAACGGGCUCAGACACGAAGAAUCUCACUCGAUUCAAGAUACAGGUUUUGCUACAGUUGAGGAACACGAGUUUACCAAAAAUGCCAAAAAGAUUGAACGUGUUAUGACAGAUCAAGACAUAGCCUCACAAGCGUUGAUUUUCUUCUUCGCGGGUUUCGACACAGUUUCUUCUUUGAUGAGCCUCAUGUCGUACGAGCUUGCUGUAAAUCCAUACGUGCAAGACAAACUCGUGCAAGAAGUCGAUGACACUUUAGAAACCUGUGGUGGUAAAAUCAGUUAUGAGGGUCUGCUUGGUAUGAAAUAUAUGGACAUGGUAGUAUCCGAGUCUUUAAGAAAAUGGCCUAACACUGUUACUACUGACAGAAUAUCUACUAAACCCUAUACCAUUGAACCCAAAUAUCCAGACGAAAAGCCCCUACAUCUCGAAAAAAAUUCCAGUAUCUGGAUACCAAUUUUUGCUAUUCACCGGGACCCUAAAUAUUACCCAGAACCAGAAGGUUUUGAUCCUGAAAGAUUUAACGAUGAAAACAAAGUUAACAUUAAACCCUACACGUACUUGCCCUUUGGUAUAGGACCUAGGAACUGUAUCGGUUCUAGGUUUGCGUUGCUCGAGACAAAAAUUUUGUUCUUUUAUAUUUUGUCCCAUUUCCGGAUAGUUCCUGUACAGAAGACUCCAAUUCCUUUAGUUUUGUGCAAAAAGCAGUUCAAUUUGAAUGCAAGGGACGGGUUCUGGUUAGGGUUACAACGCCGUAAUAAAAUCUGAUUAAUUUCGAAUUUUUGCCAAUGUGUCAACACGUUGACAUAUUGUUCUACUUUUAUAAUAUUUAGAUGCUCUAGGUAAAGAUGUAUGUAUAUUUUAAUAAAUAAUUAAACCAAAAUCAA